AUGUCGACCGAAAAGGGAGUGAAUCCUGCUGAGGUAGAACAGGAGGAACAUGACACCAACUACCAGCCACCACCGCAGAAAACGAUCGAGGAAAUAAUGGCCGCCGAUGCAGAAGAUGAAAGUUUGCGGAAGUACAAGGAAGCGUUGCUCGGCGAGGCGCAGGCGGAAAAGAUUGUGUUCGAUGAAUCUGAUCCACGGAAGGUGAUCGUGAAAAAACUUGCACUCCUCGUCGCCGAUCGUGACCCGAUGGAGCUGGAUCUGACCGGGGAUUUAACGAAGCUGAAAAAGAAUGUGUUCGUGAUUAAAGAAGGCAUUCAAUACAAAAUUCGUAUCGAUUUCGUCGUUCAGCGAGAGAUCGUGCACGGGUUGAAGUAUGUCCAGAAAACCUACCGGAUGGGUGUCCCAGUCGAUAAAAUGGUGCAAAUGGUUGGUUCCUAUCCACCAAAGAAGGAAAUCCAGAGCUACACGACCCCGUUCGAGGAAGCCCCGUCCGGUAUGAUGGCCCGUGGUACCUACUCCGUCACCUCCCUGUUCACCGACGACGACAAGAACGAGCAUCUGAAGUGGGAUUGGAGUUUUGAAAUCAAAAAAGACUGGCAGUAAUGU